AUGAAUAAAUUAAAAGAAGAAACAGAAAAUAUAAGAAACAGUUAUAUUCAUCAAAUAAACAAUAGAGAAAACGAGAAAAAAUAUAAUAAUAAAAAAACAGUUGAAGAAGAAAAGAUAUUAUUAUUAAAUGGAAAAAGGGAAUCCCCUCAAAAAUGUUUUCAAGAUGGAAAAAAUGAUGUAUUAAAAUUUACAAUGCUUUUAAAUAAAUAUAAUUCUGAUUUGGGAAUGAGAAAAAAUAUUAAAAAAUGGGAAGACAAUGAUAAAUGUAAAAAAGAUGUUAAAUACGCCAUGUUUUUUAAUAAAGAUGUUACCAGGCAGUCAAAUUUUGAAUUACCCUCAUCUUUAACAGUUAAAAGUUUAGAACCUGUUAAAUGUGUUGAAAAAGAUGUUAAAAAAACAACAACGUUUAAAUCAAACAACAAUAAUAAUAAUAAUAAUAAACGAAAUGAUGAUGGGGAACCGGAAAUGAUGAAAAAGUUUACUUCCGUUAAGUUAUCGAAAACCGUUAACGAUUUGUCGCAAUCGAACAAUUUAAAUUCAGAUUUAAAAAAUCACAGUUCGUUAACUUUAUUACCUAAAAUAAUAAAAUUUGGUAUAAAAGGCGUUUUAAAAUCUAAAAUACCAUCAUUGACGUCCAUUGAAACAAGUUUGUUCGCUCCAAAAUCACCGUUACAAAAAUUUAAUUAUUGGGAUAAUUGGAAUAGUUUUUCCGCCACUCAAAUCGAUUUCGAUAAACAUGUUAAUUUACAAAUGUCAAAAUCAAAUAAUGAUAAUAAUAAUAAUAAUCGUCGUUCGGUGUUGAAAUUAAAAGAUGAUUCCGUUAGCGCAUCAGAUAGUAAAUUGUUUGUAUCUGAAGGUGAAAUUAAAAAACAAAUAAAAAAAUGUGAUAAAAAAUCAAGAGGAGAUUCUUUGAAAAAGGAUUUGGUUAGAAAAAAACAAGUUCAAUGGAAAAAUGAAGUCGACGUUAUUUAUUUUUCAUCACAUUUGAAAACAAACGGUGACAAAACGGGAGAAGUCAUUGGAAGAGUUAUGGAACCAUUAAGGGAAGAAUGGGAACAACAGAGAAAAGGUUUUUAUGGUAAAUUAAUUCCUUAUCAUAUGGAAGUUCAUUUAAAAGAUCAUUUUAUAUCCCUUUUGAAAAUAUAA